UGAGCCACGAUGGCUCAAAGGAGGUGUAAGAUGAAGGGGAUGAUGAGUGCAGCAAAGCCUGAGAGUGCUGGCCAUAGAGCCGGAGGAGAGAAAACAAGGCCUCGCCACUAUAAUGACGAUGACGAGAAAACUUGUCCCACUCAGAAAAGCGGACAGAAGGGCCGCUUCCGCCGCUACCGCCCCAGUGAUGGAGGUGAGAGAGUUGGUAGACCUGAGGGAAGAGAAAGAUCUGCUAUAGGUGGAGCCGAGGGAGGAGAGAGAGCCCAGCGCUAUUCCAGAUUUGUUGAAGUGGACAGAGGUGAAAGGGAGAGGCCUGUUCAAGCCAAGGGGAAAGAAAAGCCUGCUCGAGCUUGGGGAGGUGAGAAAGCUGGUAGAGCUGAAGGAGGUGAGAGGUCUGCUCGAGUCAACGGAAAAGAAAAGCGUGCCAAAGUUGAGAGAGCGGAGAAGUCUGGGGGCAUCCAGGCUAUUGCCCAAAAGCCUGAUAGAGAUAGGAAGUCAGUUCGCGGUGGGAAGCUCAAUGAAGCCUACCACCUUAAGGGAAAUGAGAGAGCUGAGAGUGAUACUGAGGCGGAGGAAAUUUCUGAUGAUGAGGAUGAUGAUGCUCCUACUAGGAUCGAGAAUUACUUUAGGCUCUGUGGUGACGGGUGUAGAUUGCCUGUGAAAGAGCUGUCCCGGUCAAUUAAGUUCGUUAGAAGACCAAUUGUUGUAGAAGACUAUGACUCCCUCGAUGACAGCGAAGACAAAUAUGACAAGGGUCCAUUGGGAAAGGUGAUCACUUCUGGCCAAGGUGACAAUGACCCAAACCGAAACACACUUAGUAGAUCAAGGAAGACAUCUUUCCUCAUACUGCUGAUCGUUUCCUUGACCGCCUCCAUUAUGCUGCUGAUAUAUCUAACCUUUCCUGAGCUUAGUAAUGAAGACAAAGCAAAAUUGAAGAUCCCCACAACUGUGGAUGAAGCUAAGGCCCUUGGACAACUUUUAUUGAAAUACAAGGACAACUUUUCCAUUUCCAAAAAAUUUAACUUCUAACUGGUUAUAAAGAUGCAACUGAUGACACCAGAAGUUUCCCAGUAUGUUGACAUCAUGAAUGGAGAGUGAUGGAGUUUCAAGAUCUAAAAGAGCAGAGAAGCAGAGCGUUGAAGAAACCAUUUUAAAAGAAGUAAAGUGCCUGGUGGAAAAAAAAAAUUUAAAACAGAGGGUUGAUUGCAGUGUUAAAUGAAUAACUCUCCCUCCUCAAAAUAGCUUACAUUAAUUUGUUCUACCAGUUAAGUAAGAGCUCAUUCAUAGUAGAAGCUUUCUUUGGCGUUUUUAUCCUUAUAACAACACAAUUUCUGCUUCAUAAGUAUUGUUUAAUAAACAUUUGUUUGCAUUGAA